AUGUACGACUUCAAUGUCGACACCGCGUCGGGACCGGCCAUUGUCCGCAUUGGCCUCCCGCCCUCCUCCCUGCUGAGAUUCCCUCCCGACCAACUGCCCAACACCCUGCCCGCUCCCAUCAUCGAUCAACCCACCUGGGACCAGCCCUUCAACAUCCCUCCCACCCUCUACAACCAGGCUCUGGAUGUCCGCGUCCCCAUCACCAUCGCCGGGGUCUACGCCGUCACCGUCGUCCUGCUCAAUCGCGUCAACAAGGCCCGGGGUUACAAGCCGUGGGGCUUCAGCCAGUCCAAGCUCUUCAAGCUCUUCGUCAUCCUUCACAAUGUCUUCCUCGCCAUCUACUCCGCCUGGACCUUCGUCGGUAUGCUCAAGGCCUUCCGCAACUCGCUCCCCGCCCGGAACGAUCCCAAUGGCCUGAUCAGCGUGGCCGACGCCAUGUGCAAGAUCAAUGGCCCCCGAGGCUACGGCAACGCCGCCACCUACAACCCGUCGAUCGACCAGUGGACCAUGCGCAACCCGGCCUACCAACUGGCUGAGGGCGGUGUGCCGGACUCGACCGAUGUCGGCCGUCUGUGGAACCAGGGUCUGGCCUAUCUGGGCUGGAUCUUCUACCUGUCCAAGUUCUACGAGGUCGUCGAUACCGCGAUCAUCCUGGCCAAGGGCAAGAAGAGCUCGACCCUGCAGACCUACCACCACGCGGGCGCGAUGAUGUGCAUGUGGGCGGGAAUCCGCUACGUCGCUCCCCCCAUCUUGAUCUUCACCCUCGUCAACUCCGCCAUCCACGCCAUGAUGUACACCUACUACACCGUGACCGCUCUCCGCAUCCGCGUCCCGGGCGUCAUCAAGCGUUCGUUGACCAGCAUGCAAAUCACCCAGUUCCUGAUCGGCACCACGUGGGCGGCGUCCUACCUGUUCGUGCACUACACCCUCCCUCUGGACCCGUCCGCCGCCAGUGCCGCCGCCGCCGCUGGAUCCGCCGACGCGGGCUCCGUCUCGUGGCUGAAGAAGAUCGCCUUCCGCGCCGCCGGCGCCGAGGGCAUCGCAGAGAACGUGGGCCACGCCGAAGACGCCGGACAGCGUCUCCUCGUGGGCCCCAUGACGACCUGCAUGGACACCAGCGGCCAGGGCUUCGCCAUCUGGCUCAACGUGACCUACCUCCUGCCGCUGACCUUCCUCUUCGUGCGCUUCUUCAUCCGCUCGUACCUGUACCGCAAGGAGCCCGCCACCCGCCAGCCGACCCAGAUGCACUCGGCCGAGAAAGCCGGCCUGGACGCGCUCAAGGGCGUCAGCCGCGAGAUCCAGAAGUCCGUCGAAAUGAACGGCGAGACCAGCGAAGCUACCGACGACGAGGUGAUCAACAAGGCCAAGGCCAUCCAGGCCAAGAAGGCCCAGGCCGCUCCCCCCGCGGACAACUCCCCCGUGCGGACGCGCGCCUCGGCCGCCAACAAGCAGAAGUCGCGCGUCAUCGCCAGCGAGACCUCCGACCAGGGCUUCUCGCCCGUGACCAAGAAGGGCGCCAAGAAGGCCACCAAGGAGAACGACCACUCCAGCGCCAACGCCAACAUCAAGGGCAACAACCCGUUUGGGGUGCUUGACCGCAAUGCCUAA